CAAAGAGCUCGAAAAACCCUCAACAACCAUUAGAUCUUGGCCAUGAAAGCCUUCGCGAACACAAAAUUCACUGGCUUUGAAUUCUCUUCUGUGAAAACAUUGCAGGUCACGUGGAGAGGCUGGCUGGAGGUAGUUCUCCAAAUGUAUUUUGUCCUCUUGACUGCACUAUAUUAUAAAUCUAACUUCAUUAUCUUAAUGUUCCUCCACAAAGUGUAUCUGGAAGCUCCUGAACCCUUUCCUAACCCUUUGGGGUUUGUCUUCAGGUUCUUCCAUUCACAUGAAAGUUAUUGUCAAAAUUAUGUGAGACUUUUAAAGCCAUUCAUUAAUUUACAGGUAUAAUUACAUGGAGAAUUUAAACAUUCACUGUACGGUUAUAAGUUGCAAUUACUAUGAAAUGUGUCUCUGUGGUUCUGCCACUUUAGAAUAUACUGCAAAAGUGAAGGAAAAUAGGGCAGAGAAAUGCAUCGGUAUCUUCCAGUGUUGCGAAAGCAAAUAAAGCGGUAUGUUAAACAAAGAGGCUGUUUCUUAACUUCCAGCUGUUGCAGUAAUAACUGUAUGACCUGAACAGAACUGAAUCAUGCUCUGUCACGUAAGAACUGAAUCAUGCUGUAUAAUACAAAACUUUUCUUGAAAGUUUUCCUGUGCUGAGGAAGAAAGGUUUCCAGAACUUUGAAACACGGACGUGCCCUGUGAAAUUCUACCUCUAGUUUUGCUCUGUCACGAAGCACAUUGAGAAUAGCUGGAGCACAAUGUCUGUGAAAUGGAGGCUGCUGCUUCCUUUGCUUCUUGUAUCCUUCUCGCCCUUGGUUUCCACUGGAAGUGUCCUUGUCUGGCCAGCUGACCACAGCCACUGGAUCAAUCUGAAAUCCAUCAUGGAUGAGCUGACAGCCAGGGGCCAUCAGGUGACUGUGCUACUGCCUUCAUUCUUCCAGGCUGCUAACACCCCUGAAACAUUCCCGUUCCACUUGGAAGUGAUCCCUGUUCCAUUUUCAAAAGCAGACAUGGAUUCUUCACUUCAGGACUUUAUAUACUUCUGGUCAUAUGAAAUGCAUGAAAUGUCUUCCUGGAAAAUUUUCACUAAGCUCUAUGAUUUGAUGAGCGAGCUGUUGGACAGAAACAAAAUUGUCUGUGACUUAAUUGUGCUGAACGAGGAACUGUUGAAGAAGUUGGAGUCAGCUCAUUUUGACAUUCUCAUUUCUGACCCACUCUUACCAUGUGGGGAACUAGUGGCUGAGAAGCUGCAUCUCCCAUUUAUAUAUUCCUUCCGAUUCUCCAGUGGGAACACCAUGGAGCGUCUUUGUGGUGGAAUCCCGUCUCCUCCAUCAUUUGUGCCUGCCAGUCUGGGAGGGCUAACGGACCGGAUGACCUUCCUGCAGAGGAUGGGGAACAUGCUCUUUUACCUCUCACAAGAUAUCAUAUUUCAUCAGGUUAUCUGGAAAGACUGGAAUAAAUACUAUAGUGAAGUUCUAGGGAGACCCACAACCUUGUGUGAAACCAUGGGUAAAGCAGAAAUGUGGCUAAUCCGAACCUACUGGGACUUUGAAUUUCCACGGCCUUUUCUGCCGAAUUUUGAGUUUGUGGGGGGCCUGCACUGUAAGCCAGCAAAGCCGCUGCCUGAGGAGAUGGAGAAAUUUGUCCAAAGUUCAGGAGAACAUGGUAUUGUGGUGUUUUCGCUAGGCUCAAUGAUUAAAAAUUUAACAGAUGAAAAGAGUGCUAUGGUUGCUCUGGCACUCAGCCAGCUUCCACAGAAGGUUAUUUGGCGGUACAAAGGGAAAAGGCCAGAAACACUGGGAGCCAAUACUAGGGUUUAUGACUGGAUUCCACAAAAUGAUCUUCUUGGUGAGAGACAUUCUCCUACAGCGAGAACUUAAGUUCAUCGAUGUUCAAAUGUGGGAGAAGGAGAAACUGUCAGAUUUGCCUAACUGUAAAAAAUAUGACUUCAAUCUGUUCCUCCUGUUGACCUCCUGACUGCCACCAACUUCUGUUUUCAUUGGACUUUGAUGGGUCUUGCAGUCUCUGUUUGCUUUUUGGGUUUUUCU